AAUAUGGCUUAUCGAGUAUAGUUGGCAACAAUAAGAAACGCAUUAUGGAUAGUCACAAUAAACUUUGGGUAGAUAAACAUCAUCCAAACCGUAUAACCGAACUGUUGGGUGAUGCUACUGUUCAACGUCAGCUAUUACAUACCUUCAUAGGUUGGAAACAAAGUGUUCAAAGCUCGUCCAGUCUCAUUGAUUCUGAUCAGUCGGUUUCCAGUUGGAAAGGUUCACAACGUUGGGAAGGAAACAAGAAUACUUUAAUCGUUUGGGGCCCUCCUGGCAUAGGGAAGACUGUGGCCAUACCCAUGCUGUUGCAGCACGUGGGUUUUCAGGUGCACUAUAUUAGUGCGAUUGAAGAAAACGGCUGGAAUUCACUUCUAUCAAAAGUUGAAGCUCUAAGAAAUAAAAGUUGUUUGUUUGCCAGUCAGUUGCCGCCUUGUAUUGUAUUGGAUGAUGUUGUUUUUGCAGCGGGCCAGGUGACUAAUGUAGACAAGUGUAUAAAGAUAUUGUCAGAUAAUGCUAAAGGAGGCGUUAAUUCAACAGGUGCCUUGAAGAACUCGGUAUGGGUAGUUAUUAUUUGCGAAGAUGCGUAUUCAAGAGGUCUUGCAACUUUGCGUCCAUUUGCCAAAAUUGUUCAUUUUGGUCAGUCAGAUACGAAAAGCUUGCUAUUUCGUUCGAUGCGAGUUUUAACCAAUGAAAGAAAUGAAGCCAAUGGCCACGAUAUAUCCCAACAAGAAAGAGACUUUUUAAAAUAUUUAUGUGAAGCAGCAGCUGGAGACAUUCGUUGGGUAUUAAAUCAGUUGCAGUUUGUCCAGAACCAUUUUCAAUAUUUGCCAGUCUCCUUUCAGCAAUUUGACGACUUUAAGGAUCUCUCUAGGAGUAACAUGAUAGACAUCAUGAAUAGUAUUUUUGAAUGUCAAAAUAAGGAACAACAGAUUUACUAUCGAUAUUUUUGUGGAUUAUCCGUUGCUGAAUAUGAUUCCUUGUUAGAUAUUUGCCCAACAAUUGCUAUGACAGCGGUAGAAACAAGCGAUGAUUUGAAGCAAUUGACUGAAAUAUUUGAUUUACAGUUCUAUGUUGCGAAUUUAUCUCGACCUCUUUCUUAUGAAAUAGAAUCAGUUGUAAAAGAUAUCGAUGCAGUUAUUAUUAAAAAGUAUACACAACUGAUAAGGAAAGUUCAUUUCGUGAAGCAUUUUCGUGAGAAGCGACUUGAACAACAAAGAAUGCGAACCAAUAUUGCUGCUCUCCAGGAACUUCGUAAUUCUUGGAUGUCUUCCUUUGCAAGAUUUGAUAAGACACAACAAACUGCAGAAACUUACCCACGACUAACUAGUCUUAUCUAUCACUCUAUCAAGAAUGCAUCAAAAUUGACUGAGAUAAAGCAGCGCAUUGAGGCUAUUCAAAAAAUUGCGAAGAUUUUUCGUUGUUAUGGAAUUUCAGUCACUUGGGAGUCGAAGGACUUAUUAGAAGAGGAUGAGAUGGAGACUCAACUGACGCAUCAUAAAUCUUGGAAUUUUGUUCCUACGCUUCCUCAGUUGUCUUACUUUGAAGAUAUGUCUCCUUGGCAAACAGAAACUCAAUCUUUUAUGGAAACGCUUUCGAUUCUCAUUGGUAUAUUAGAAAACCCUGAAAGUGAAGUGGAACAUUUGGCAAGUCAAAAAGAACGAGAUAGUUGGCUUACUGUAGAUUCAAAUGCCUCAACAACAAAUGGAGACGAAAGAACUGUCACGCAUGUUUGUUUUCGAUUCCAUGAAGGGCAUUCGAACGCCAUUUUAAAGCCGGUAACCAUAGAUAUGUUUAGUUGUUAAUGGAAUUGAAAUGGAUGAGUUUAUUUGCCAGUCAAAUGCAUGGAACAUGUAUAUACUAUUCAUGUCAAGGUACCUGUUAUGGAAAA